UUAGCAUAACAUUUUCUUCUGCUUACACUUUCUGUUGCCAUGGCUCUAACCCAUUUCUUCUGUGCAGCCUCUAUCCUCCUGUUAUCGUUGUUGGUCAUUGCCUCUGCUGCUGAUUAUGGCUAUGAACCAAAGCCUGAUACUGUUAAACCUGAAACUAGCUAUGUCCCAGCACCCAAACCCAAGCCAACUUAUGAUACCCCUAACUCUGGCCAUGAUCAACCAAAAGCUUCCUAUCCAGGUUAUGGAUAUGGCCCAAAAUCAGACCUUCCCAAACCAAAGCCUGACUUUAAAUACAACCCUAAACCAAACGUGGAUCUACCGAAGGUGACCGUCCCAAAAAUACCAAACCAUGGCUACCAUUAUAUCCCUAUGCCACACCACCUCCCCAAACCAAAACUAAGCCAUGGCAAACCAGGUUAUGAGCCCGAAAGCUUGCUGCCAAUUUGCGUUGAAGGUCUUAUUCUUUGUAAAUCAGGUUCUAACUAUAUUCCCGUCGAAGGAGCUAAGGUAAGGAUAGCAUGCACGGGGGUGGACCAGAAUGGGAACGAGGCAACACAUUUCUCCUGCUUGACUGAUGCAGCUGACGCCCAUGGUUACUACUUCAAAACCUUGUUUCCUUUCGGUGGUCUUGGCCAUAAUUUAAAGCUUAAAGAAUGCAAGGCCUACCUUGAAAACUCUCCAUUGGAGACCUGCAAGAUCCCAACAGAUGUCAACAACGGAAUUAAUGGAGCCCUCCUUUCUUCUUACCACGUUCUCAGCAACAAGAACAUUAAACUAUAUUCCAUGAGGACUUUCUUCUACACCUCCGAAACCACAUCAACCUCAACAACUCCACCUGGGGGUUAUUAAUAUUUUUUUUUUCAUGGCUAAAUUCUUUAUCAUUCAUCUAUUUUCCAUGUUUUUUCAUUAGCUU